CACACACACACCAGUCCCUAAGCGCCUCGGAGCCUCGCAGCCGGUGACCCCGAGCCCCAGCGGAUCUCAUCUGGCCGCCGCGUUCUGGGAGAGGCGAGGGGGAGAGUGCGCGUGAGAGGCGGAGGAGAGAGACACGGCGGGGGAAAGGGAGACGGCGAGACGCGCAGCCGGCGCUCCGAGACCCCGGAGGAGCCCGCAGAUAACCAGCCCGAGUCAUGCAGUCUUUUCGAGAAAGGUGUGGUUUCCAUGGCAAACAACAGAACUACCCGCAGACCUCACAGGAAACAUCGCGCCUGGAGAAUUACAGGCAGCCCAGUCAGGCUGGGCUAAGCUGUGACCGGCAACGGCUGCUGGCCAAGGACUAUUACAGCCCACAGCCUUAUGCAGGUUAUGAGGGUGGUGCCAGCACACCCUCUGGCGCAGCAACCACAGUGGCUGACAAGUACCACCGAGGCAGCAAGGCCCUGCAGGGGAGGCCGGCUUUCCCUGGCUAUAGCAGCGUCCAGGACAGCAGCCCCUACCCGGGACGCUAUUCUAGUGAGGAAGGUCUGCAGGCCUGGGGGGCUCCACAGCCACCUCCCCCUCAACCACAACCCCUGCCAGGAGGGGUGGGAAAGUAUGAAGAGAACUUGAUGAAGAAGACAGCGGUGCCCCCAGGCAGGCAGUACUCCGAGCAGGGCACCCAACUUCCCUUCCGGACUCACUCUUUGCAUGUCCCCCAGCCUCCGCCUCAGCUGCCACAGCCCCAGCAACCCUUGGCAUACCCCAAACUCCAAAGGCAGAAACUGCAGAAUGACCUCGCCUCUCCCCUGCCUUUCCCCCAGGGCAGCCACUUUCCCCAGCAUUCCCAGUCCUUCCCCACCUCCUCUACCUUCUCCUCGUCUGUCCAGGGUGGCAGCCAGGGGACCCACUCUUACAAGAGUUGCACAGCACCGUCUUCCCAGCCCCAUGACAGGCCACUGACUGCCAAUGCCAGCCUGGCCCCGGGGCAGCGGGUCCAGAACCUUCACACCUACCAGUCAGGCCGCCUUGGUUAUGAGCAACAGCAGCAACAGCAGCAGCAGCAGCAAGCACUUCAGAGCCGGCACCAUGCCCAGGAAACCCUCCAUUACCAAAACCUCGCCAAAUACCAACACUACGGACAGCAAGGCCAGGGCUACUGCCAGCCGGAUGCGGCCGUCAGGACUCCAGAGCAGUAUUACCAGACCUUCAGCCCCAGCUCCAGCCACUCCCCUGCACGCUCCGUGGGCCGCUCACCUUCCUACAGCUCCACCCCAUCACCGCUGAUGCCCAACUUGGAGAACUUUCCAUACAACCAGCAGCCGCUCAGCACCGGAGCCUUCCCCACGGGUAUCACCGACCACAGCCACUUCAUGCCCCUGCUCAACCCCUCCCCGACCGAUGCUGCUGGCUCUGUGGACACGCAGGCCAGCAACUGCAAGCCCCUGCAAAAGGACAAGAUCCCUGAGAACCUGCUGUCAGAUCUCAGCCUGCAGAGCCUCACGGCCCUGACCUCCCAGGUGGAGAACAUCUCCAACACCGUGCAGCAGCUCUUGCUGUCCAAGGCUGCUGUGCCGCAGAAGAAAGGGGGGAAGAACCUUGUGUCCAGGACUCCAGAACAGCACAAGAGCCAGCACUGUAGCCCUGAGGGCAGUGGCUACUCGGCAGAGCCAGCAGGCACACCACUGUCCGAGCCACCGAGCAGCACACCACAGUCCACCCAUGCCGAGCCCCAGGAGGCGGACUACCUAAGCGGCUCUGAGGACCCUCUGGAGCGCAGCUUUCUCUACUGCAGCCAGGCCCGUGGCAGCCCUGCCAGGGUCAACAGCAACUCCAAGGCCAAGCCUGAGUCUGUGUCUACCUGUUCUGUGACCUCACCUGAUGACAUGUCCACCAAAUCUGAUGACUCCUUCCAGAGCCUGCACAGCACUCUGCCGCUGGACAGCUUUUCCAAGUUCGUAGCAGGCGAGCGAGACUGCCCACGGCUGCUGCUCAGCGCGCUGGCACAGGAAGACCUGGCCUCAGAGAUCCUGGGGCUGCAGGAGGCCAUCGGGGAGAAGGCUGACAAGGCCUGGGCCGAGGCUCCUGGACUGCCCAAAGAUGCCAGCAAGCCGCCCUUCUCGCUGGAGAACCACAGCGCUUGCCUGGACUCCGUAGCCAAGACUGCAUGGCCACGGCCAGGGGAGCCAGAGGCCCUGCCUGACUCCUUACAGCUGGACAAGGGUGGCAGCACCAAGGAUUUCAGCGCAGGGCUGUUUGAAGACCCUUCUGUGGCCUUUGCCACCCCUGACCCCAAAAAGACAACCAGUGCCCUGUCCUUUGGCACCAAGUCCACUCUUGGGGCUGCUGCUCCAGACCCCACCGCGGCAGCAUUUGACUGCUUCCCAGACACAACCACCGCCAGUUCGGUGGACAGUGCCAACCCCUUUGCCUGGCCAGAGGAGAACCUGGGGGAUGCUUGUCCCCGGUGGGGAUUACACCCUGGUGAACUCACCAAAGGCCUGGAGCAGGGCGGGAAGACCUCAGAAGGACUGGGCAAAGGGGAGGCCCAUGAGGCUUCGGCCUGCCUGGGCUUCCAGGAGGAGGAGCCCUCGGGGGACAAGGCAGCCCUGCUGCCUGGGGAUUUCAAGCAGGAGGAGGCGGGCGGGGUGAAGGAGGAGGCGGGCGGGCUGCUGCAGUGUCCCGAUGUGGGCAAGGCUGACCGGUGGCUGGAGGACAGCCGACACUGCUGUUCCGCCACUGACUUUGGGGACCUGCCACUGCUGCCAGCCCCUGGCAGAAAGGAGGACCUGGAGGCUGAGGAGGAGUACUCGUCCCUGUGUGAGCUACUGGGCAGCCCAGAGCAGAGGCCGGGCCUGCAGGACCCACUCUCACCCAAGGCCCCGCUCAUCUGCACCAAGGAGGAGGCUGAGGAAGUGCUGGACUCCAAGGCGGCCUGGGACUCCCCCUGCCACCUCUCUGGGGAGUCCGUCAUCUUGCUGGGCCCCACAGUGGGUGCUGAGUCCAAGGUCCAGAGCUGGUUUGAGUCCUCCCUGUCCCACAUGAAGCCAGGUGAGGAUAGGCCUGACGCAGAGCGGACUCCAGGGGACUCUGCCUCCUCGGACCCCUCCCUGGCCCCCAAACUGAGCAAGCCCGCUGUGCCCGAGGCACCGAUUGCUAAGAAAGAGCCUGUGCCACGGGGCAAAAGUUUACGAAGCCGGCGGGUACACCGGGGGCUGCCUGAGGCCGAGGACUCCCCAUGCAGGGCCCCUGCGCUGCCCAAAGACCUCUUGCUCCCUGAGUCCUGCACGGGGCCCCCACAAGGACAAAUGGAAGGGGCUGGGGCUCCAGGCCGGGGGGCCUCAGAAGGCCUUCCCAGAAUGUGUACCCGCUCCCUCACUGCCUUGAGUGAGCCCCGCACACCUGGACCGCCAGGCCUGACCACCACCCCCGCGCCCCCAGACAAACUGGGGGGCAAGCAGCGAGCUGCCUUCAAGUCUGGAAAGCGGGUGGGGAAGCCCUCGCCCAAGGCUGCAUCUAGCCCCAGCAACCCGGCUGCCCUGCCUGUGGCCUCAGACAGCAGCCCCAUGGGUUCCAAGACCAAGGAGACGGACUCCCCCGGCACACCUGGCAAGGACCAGCGCUCCAUGAUCCUCCGGUCCCGUACCAAACCCCAGGAGAUCUUCCACGCCAAGCGGAGGCGGCCCUCUGAGAGCCGGCUCCCCAACUGCCGUGCCACCAAGAAACUCCUUGCUAACAACCACCUGCCCACCACGUUCAAGGUCUCCAGCAGCCCCCAGAAGGAAGGUCGGGUGAGCCAGCGGGCAAGAGUCCCUAAGCCCGGCACAGGGGGCAAGCUUUCAGAUCGGCCCCUCCACGCACUCAAAAGGAAGUCAGCCUUCAUGACGCCUGUCCCCACCAAGAAGCGGAACCUCGUCCUACGGAGCAGCAGCAGCAGCAGCAAUACCAGUGGCAGCGGUGGGGAUGGGAAGGAGGAGAGGGCUGAGGGCUCCCCCAACCUCUUCAGGAGGGUGUCCUCCCCCAAGAAGGCCAAGCCCAAGGGAAGUGGUGAGCCUCCCACCAAGCCACCACCCCUGGAGACCCCUGACACCUGCAUCAAGCUCGCCUCCCGGGCAGCCUUCCAGGGUACCAUGAAGACUAAGGUGCUGCCACCUCGGAAGGGCCGGGGCCUGAAGCUGGAGGCCAUCGUGCAGAAGAUCACCUCGCCCAGCCUCAAGAAGUUUGUGUGCAAAGUGCCAGGGGCCCCUCUUGGGACUCCUCUGAGUCCAGCCCUCCCGGACAAAGACCGUGGUGGGCUCAAGAGUGCUGGGGGCAGCCCAGCUGGGGCAGAAGAGGGUCUGGUAAGCAUGGGUACUGGGCAGAAACUCCCGGCGGCUUCGGGAGCAGACCCGUUGUGCAGAAACCUGGCCAACAGGGCCUUAAAAGGCAAGCUCGUGAACAGUAAGAAACUGUCCUCACCUGACUGUUUCAAAAGUGAGGCCUACCCACCCGCAGAGGCCCUGCAACCCGGGGGGACUGCUCUAGCACCGAAGAAGAGGAGCCGGAAAGGCAGGGCAGGAGCACCAGGACUUUCCAAAAUCCCACUGGAGAAGCGGCCCUAUCUUGGCCCAGCUCUGCUCCUCACUCCCCGAGACAGGGUCAGCAGCAUGCAGGGGGAUGUCGAGGACAACUCUGGAGGAGGAGGCAAGAAGCCAAAGACAGAGGAGCUGGGCCUGGCCUCCCAGUCUCCAGAAGGCCGACCCUGCCAGCCCCAGACAAGGGCACAGAAGCAGCCAAGCCACACCAACUACAGCAGCUACUCCAAGCGAAAGCGUCUGACCCGGGGCCGAGCCAAGAACACCAAUGCUUCCCCCUGUAAGGGGCGUGCCAAGCGGAGACGGCAGCAGCAGGUACUGCCCCUGGAUCCUGCAGAGCCUGAAAUCCGCCUCAAGUACAUUUCCUCUUGCAAGCGGCUGAGGGCAGACAGCCGGACCCCAGCCUUCUCACCCUUCGUGCGGGUGGAGAAGAGAGACGCAUUCACCACCGUGUGCACUGUUGUCAACUCCCCCGGGGGCGAGCCCAAGCCCCAUAGGAAGCCUUCCUCUUCCACCUCCUCCUCUUCCUCGUUCUCCUUAGACUCAGCUGGGGCCUCCCUGACCACACUCCCUGGAGGCUCCAUCCUGCAGCCUCGGCCCUCCCUGCCCCUCUCCUCUACCAUGCACCUGGGGCCUGUAGUGUCCAAGGCCCUGAGUACCUCUUGCCUUGUUUGCUGCCUCUGCCAAAACCCAGCCAACUUCAAGGACCUUGGAGACCUCUGUGGGCCCUAUUACCCUGAACACUGCCUCCCCAAAAAGAAGCCAAAACUCAAGGAGAAGGUGCGGCCAGAAGGCAUGUUCGAGGAGCCCUCACUCCCCCUUGAGAGAACAGUCAAAGGCCUCGAGUGUGUGGCCACCGCGGCCACCGCCGCCGCUGCCACCACCACCACCACCACCACCACUACCACUGGGAAACCCCCCAGGCCUGACGGCCCAGCUGACCCGGCCAAGCAGGGCUCGCUGCGCACCAGCGCCCGGGGCCUGUCCCGGCGCCUGCAAAGUUGUUACUGCUGUGAUGGUCGGGGGGACGGGGGCGAGGAGGUAGCCCCAGCCGACAAGAACCGCAAGCAUGAAUGCAGCAAAGGGGUCCCCACAGAGCCUGGUGGGGAUACCCAGGAGCACUGGGUGCAUGAGGCCUGUGCUGUGUGGACCAGCGGGGUCUACCUGGUGGCCGGGAAGCUCUUUGGGCUGCAGGAGGCCAUGAAGGUGGCCCUGGACAUGACAUGUUCCAGCUGCCAAGAAGCCGGGGCCACCAUUGGGUGCUCCUACAAAGGAUGCAUCCACACCUACCACUAUCCGUGUGCCAGCGACGCGGGUUGCAUAUUCAUCGAAGAGAACUUUUCUUUGAAGUGUCCCAAGCAUAAGAGGCUGCCAUUGUAAUCCACCACGCCGACUGGAGGAGCCGCCGGAGCCCGCCUGCCCGUCCGCCGCCGAAGGAGAGGA